UCGAGCGGGGAGAGAUGUACAACCGCAGGGAGUCCAAGUGCAGCCUGCACAUGGAGCAGGAACUGCCGGGCUGUGUCUACCGCCAGCGAGGAGAAGGGAUACAGAACACAAGCAGAAUAUGGAAGCUGAAGAGGCACAGGACAUUUCCCAGCUGUCAGGUGAGACAGGGAGUAAAGAAGCUCUUUCUGUAAAUGAUCAAGAAGAAUUAGAGCAGAUGCCUGUCCCAGAAGAUCUAUCCACCAGCUCAGGGAGCCAGAACAAUCCACAGGGCGAGAGGGUCAUUGCAAAUUCUAUUAAAAUUGAAACUCCGAGUGACGAAGAGAAUGGGAGAACCUGUGACACAAAUGGUGAAGAGUGCGCUGAAGACUUACGCAUGAUAGAUACUUCUGUGACUAAAUUGAACGGACCACACAAUGGCCAAGGCAACAAAGCAUUUUCUGGAGUUGGUGGCAUUCGACUUCCAAAUGGCAAGCUGAAGUGUGAUAUCUGUGGAAUAAUUUGCAUUGGCCCAAAUGUCCUCAUGGUGCACAAACGUAGCCACACUGGGGAGCGCCCCUUCCAAUGCAGUCAAUGUGGUGCAUCUUUUACUCAGAAAGGCAAUCUACUUCGCCACAUUAAGUUGCACUCUGGAGAGAAGCCAUUCAAGUGCCAUCUUUGCAACUAUGCUUGCCGCCGUAGGGAUGCACUCACAGGUCAUCUACGGACUCAUUCUGUUGGAAAGCCUCACAAAUGUAGUUAUUGUGGGAGAAGCUACAAGCAACGCAGCUCACUCGAAGAACACAAAGAACGUUGCCACAAUUACUUACAAACCAUGGGACUGCAAAGUGGUAUUUAUUCAGUGAAAGAAGACAACAAAUCACAUGAUUUAACUGAAGGAGUAUGCAAGAUGGGAUCAGAAAGAGCUAUGGUACUGGACAGACUUGCAAGCAAUGUUGCAAAACGCAAAAGUUCAAUGCCACAAAAGUUUGUUGGUGAAAAGAAGCUGCAGCUUGAUAUUUCAGAGCUUCAGUAUGACGCUAAUUCAAAUUAUGAAAAGGAGAGUGAGAUGAUGCAGACUCAUGUUUUGGAUCAAGCAAUUAACAAUGCUAUCAAUUAUCUAGGGGCUGAAUCCUUGCGUCCUCUUGUCCAAACUCCUGCUGGAGGCUCUGAAGUGAUACCAGUAAUAAGCAACAUGUACACCAUGCAUAAAACGCAUUCAGAUACACAGAGUCAUGCUAACAGUGCCGCAAGCCAAGAUGGUGUCGUAGAAAGCGUAGUGCUUAUUUCGAAAACAAAAUCACAGUCAUCAGAAAGAGAACCAUCUCCAAACAACAGCUGCCCUGAUUCCACAGAUACUGAGAGCAAUAAUGAAGAACGAAACAACCUGAUUUACCUGACAAAUCACGUAGCUCCACAGGCAAGAAAUGGUCUGUCUUUAGUAAAAGAAGACCCUAGAUCCUAUGACAUUAUGAGAGCAGGUAUGGAAUCCAAUCAAGAAAUCAUCAAAGUGAUUAGUAGUGAAGGAGAACAUGUGAAAGUGUAUAAAUGUGAACACUGCAGGGUACUUUUCCUGGAUCAUGUGAUGUUUACAAUACAUAUGGGGUGCCAUGGAUUCCGUGAUCCCUUUGAGUGCAACAUGUGUGGGUACCGAAGCCAGGAUAGAUAUGAAUUCUCUUCACACAUAACAAGAGGAGAACACCGUUUUCAUAUGAACUAAUGAACUGUUUCAAGCUACAUUUGGACGUUCUUUUCCACUUUAUGCGAUUAAUUACAAUUUACACAAAAAAAAGAGAAAACCAAAAUCAUUAUCUUUUUUUUGUAUAUUUUUCAUUUAUUCUUCUUGUUAAAAUUGUUAAUUGCAAGAUGUCAACAGAGUUUUAUACAAUAGAUUGUACCA